AUGGCUGAGUUCAUGUCCUUCGCCGACAAUGACCUCCCGGCGGCGUUGGCAAAGAAGCCUGUUUGGAGCAGGGAGUCCUCCACGUCAACCGAGGCGCCCGAGGACAUGUCUCCCAAGUCCCCAUGCUCCUUGAGCCUCGAGAACAUCGCAGAAGAUCUCCUCAAGAACGAGGUCGGGGCAGACACGCCAUGCCCAGAGUUCGACAUUGCCUUCGUUGGAUAUGGCUUCACAAGCUUGGGCAUUGCGUGGGCAUUGAAGCAGAAAGAUGCCUCGCUCAAGAUGGCGUUUGUUUCUCUCGAUGAAAAGCCCGGAGGGCUUUGGUGGGAUGCCUCGGACAACGUGAAGUUGCACAUUCCAACAUAUCGCUUCGCUUUGCCAGGCCUGCCCCACGAUCAGCCGGAGUGUCACACAGAUUCCAGGCACCAAGCUUCCAGCGAGCAAGUUCGGCAGUACGCGGCCAAGAUUGCAGAUCGCGUGACAAGCGCGCACUUCGUUGGGGAAGUUGUCAACGUUUCACAGGAGGGCAAGCUGAAGAAGGUCUCCUACGCUCCAAAAGGUGCCAAGGCGGAUCGAGCCCACCUUCUUUGCCGGCAUGUGGUGCAGGCUACUGGCUUUGACGGCUACGGAGGGAAGCCUCACUUGCUGGGCGUCCCACUGGAAGUCCACUCCAGUCAGCUCCGCAAGCAAGCGGAGAGCCUGCGCGGCAAACGUGUGUUGCUGGUGGGGAGCGGGAAAUCAUCCAUUGAUGCAGCUCACCUCCUUAUCCAACAGCAGAACACCGUGCGUUGCUUGUACCGAUCGCCCACGGCAUACACUCGCAGGAGCUUCAACAGUCCGCUUUCAAGCCUUGUCAUGUUCUUCCACCCACAUCGGCAUUUCACGCUGCUGGAAGCAGAGGUGACAGCUGAAGACUGGAAGAAGGAAGCUGAGUUGGACGACUUGGAUUCUUGGGAUUGGUACGUCGUGGGCAAUCCGGAUUGUGAGAAGGUCAGGGAGAAGACGCGCGGAGGCAUCGUCCCGCUUUCAGAUUUCCUGCUCAUGAACCUCAUGCUGCACGCUUAUGGAGUGCAGGGUGAUGCCAGUCGUGUGAAGUUCACCGAGAACACGGAUGGCACAGUGAGCUGCGAGGCAUUUCCCGGUGAGAAGUUUGACUGCGUGGUGUCUUGUACUGGCUACAAAGGCUCUUCCAAGUUGUUGCCACAUUGCAUCAAUGCCACCACUCCCAUCUCUGACUUGCACAUUCACCAGGCACACAUGACAGGGUGCCUGCUGCACAGCUUUAUGGAUGAUGAUGCGAAAGUGGCCAGUUGGAAUGCCUUGGCAAGCCACAAGUCAGAGUAUCAGUGGCACCAGCGCUACGCGCACGUCCGCAAGUGGUGUUCAAAGCAUGCUUAUGACGUCAUCAUUGAAGCAAGGAGGGAGCUGAACGAGAGCAUGAGGUCAGAAUGCCAAGUCCUGGGAAAGGAUGGAGGGGUGAAAAUGCCUCCGUGGUAUUCCUUGAUGAUCGUUUCUGCCUUGGAGAUGCUGGAACAAGUCCUGGUUUCCUCAUGCAAGGUUGCCAUUCGUCUCAUGUGGUUUGCAGCCCCUCCGUGUCUCAGCCGGGCCUUGCUGCGUUUGGCAGGGGUUUUCCGCAAGCAGUGA